GGAGGCCCGAGGGGGAAGUGACGAGCUCGCAGGCGAAGGGAAACGCGCCGCGGCUGGAGGCGGAAGCUCGGAGCGGUGCUGGGGGCUGCAGGGAUGGCCGAGUGGGUGGAGUUCCGGGAGCGGAUCCCCCGGGAGUGCCUGGAGGGGAUGCAGUUCAUCGCCGCCGGUGGGUUCGGCACCAUCUACCGGGCUCAGCACCGUGACUGGCGCAUCCCCAUUGCCGUGAAGAAACUGAGCCGUGAUACCUGCAGCCGUGAAGAGCUCCUGGAAGAAGCCCGGGCCAUGGACAAAGCUCGCUUCAUCUACAUCCUGCGGCUCUUCGGCCUCUAUGAGGAGGAAGAGGAGGGCUGGGACUGUGGCCCCCGGCUGGGCAUCGUCAUGGAGUACAUGGAGAAUGGCAGCCUGGCCAGUUUGCUGGAGAGAGUCCAGCCAGUCCCCUGGUCCCUGCGCUUCCGCCUCCUCCACCAGGUGGCGCUGGGCAUGAAUUACCUGCAUGGGCUUCACCCACCAUUACUGCACCUGGACCUCAAACCCAGCAAUGUCCUGUUGAAUUUGGAGCUGCACGUCCGGUUGGCAGACUUUGGACUAUCGAAGUUCAAGCGACUGACGACCAAGCAGGGAACGGACAGAUCCAGGGAUGAGGAUGACUAUGGGGGUACCCUGGAGUACAUGCCCCCCGAAUCCCUCAUAGACAUCAACUACAGGCCAACGCCAGCCACAGACAUAUACAGUUAUGCCAUCCUCACCUGGUCCGUGUUAACCGGUCAACAGCCUUACCCAAAUCUCCUCCCAAAAUGCAUGAGCUCCCUGCUCCGAAUGCACAUCCCCCGGGGCCAGAGACCUGACCUGGAGGAGCUGGAGGAGGUCACAGGAGUGGAGGGCCUGGAGGACAUGAAAGAGUUAAUGAAGAGAUGUUGGCACAAUGACAGCUGGGAAAGACCCACGUUUAAAGACUGCAGCAACAAGACAGAGAAGAUUUUCUCCUGCCACAAGUCCCGGAUCGUGCCGGCUGUGCGUCAGGUCCAGGAUGUGCUGAUGAUGAUGGCCAGUUCUCCCAGCUAUGAGUCCAGACCAUCAGUAAGUGUCCCUACACCCGCUGCGGCUGAGAGCUCCCAUCUCCAUGCCUCUCCUCCAUCUUCCCUUGGGGUCUCAGAGAAAUUCCACACACUUCGCUAUGAGGAUCAUCCAUCCAGAGAAAACGAAGCUGUGCCCAGGAGAAGCAUGAGGGAGACGGAGCAUCAGCAAGAACCUGGUACCCCUCAGCCCUGCAGUGUCAGCAUGGGUCCCAGGCAGGGAGCAGAAGGACCCAAUAAUGGAGAAUUUGGCUCCCCUAAGACAAUCUCAUCACAGUUGAGACCCCCAGACAAUGAGCCGAGGCCCUUCUUUUCCAUCCAGUCCCAACCACCUCUCCCCACCCAGGGGCCGGAGCAACCCAUGUUCUCAUUCCAGCAACCGUCUCAGCCACCUGCCUAUGGGUUCUCAGGUAGCUGCAUACAUAUCAUUGGUCCUUGCUCAGGAAUACAGAUUGGCCACAACAACAGCAUGAAAGUGAACAAGGUGCAAGUAGAGAAGAGGAGGAAGAAAUAAUGGCUCCUUCAUCUCUGAUCUCUAGAUAUGUGUGUGGAGCACCCCAGCCCUCCCUGCCCCCAGCAGAGGACCCCCUCCCCCCGGUACGCACCACUUCCCUCUGCAGGGGCACUGUGAAACUCGGCCCCACACCGUCCUCUUCCCCAUUCCCAGCUCCCCACCCCCCCUUGCAGUGGGGAGCAGGGGGGAUUACAGCCCUGGGAGCUGGAAUCUCUGGCCACGGAGGACUUUUGUAGCUGCUGCAUUAAAGCAACAAUGAGACUAAAACAAGCCCAGCUUUGGGAUGAGUCGUCUGGUUUCUGAGAGUCGUGAGUGGAGGAAGGAAGGCAGCUGGAUGAUGCCAGCCCAGCAGUGACUGACUUUGCCCAGCCCAGCCUGUCCUCUGGAGAUCUCAGAGUGCCUGUGGGACAGAUGCUCUCUGCUGUCGAAGGCCCAGGCGUGGCCGCCAAACAGAACCAUCCUGGAAAUGGAGAGUGAAAUCUAGAGCUGGGCAAAAUGAUGUACCUGUGGAAAAGGCAGUUUACACCAAAUUGAAAUUUUCCACAGAAAAAUUUUGAUUUUGCCAUAAAUUUUUAAUUUUCCAUCGGGAAAAUUAAAAUGGAGUAUUUAAUCUCGGGUCUGUUCCACCCAAAUCAGAAUAUUUCAUUUUUUAAAAAAUGAUCUGAAACAUUUCCUUUGGAAUCAGCUCAACAAAAUGUUAAACUGCUUUUUCCUACCUGUGCAUUGGUUUAUGGGAGUUGUAGUUCGAGUGUCAAUUCUCUCCUCUGGACUUGGCUCCCUGAAGGGCUACAUCUCCUGUCACAGGUUUCAGAGGAGCAGCCGUCUUAGUCUGUAUUUGCAAAAAGGAAAGGAGGACUUGUGGCACCUUAGAGACUAACCAAUUUAUUUGAGCAUGAGCUUUCGUGAGCUACAGCUCACUUCAUCGGAUGCAUUCAGUGGAAAAUACAGUAGGGAGAUUUAUAUCCAUAGAGAACAUGAAACAAUGGGUGUUACCAUA